AUACGUUCAAGUCUUCGAGAACAGAACAACGCCUUCCAUGAAUGUACCAGAUAUUUCAUUUUCCUAACAAGAGCUCAAACAGUUUCUAUCAGGAUAAUAGAAGAGUCGGAGAGUCCAAUUUAUAUCUUGGCAUUUAAGGAGAAUUCAUGUUGAAUUGGCUGAGGAACAAAAUGGGUGGGAAACAAUCUACCGAGGAAUCUGAACCAGAAGAGGAAGAGGUGGUGUCGAGGCCUAGAUCAGAAAGAAAAGUAAGCUUACUUGUUCUACACAAUGAACCUGAAUUCCCAGAAAUGAAGUUUUUCUGUAGAGUGUUAAAUUCAGACAGGAAAAUAAAUAUUACAAUGCCUCCACAACUCAACAAACAAAAUAACAGUGAUGACAAAGAAGACUUCAUGUUCUCGGUGGUACCAGAUGGCGGUCAGUUUCCAAAUGAUAAAAAAGAUGCCAUUGUUGCAUGGAUUAAGAAGCAGAUAAAAAGGAAGAAGCAUGUUACCCUCUUGUGUUUGUUGACAGAAUGCAACCUAGAAUCUUUAAGAGAAGGUACUGGGCUUGAAAAUGAUAACCGGAUAAUUCCAUUUUGCUUUGAACAACCACAAGUAAACCAUGAAGACCAUGUAAUUUGCAUAAAAGUGGAUUUUAAGAGAGCGGUAUCUGAGGACUAUGCUGAGGGAGAGAAACUGCAAGAACUUGUUACAGCUAUUUUGGAUGAAAAUAUUGUUUUUUAACUAUAUUAAUCCAUUUUGGAAUGU